ACUGAUGUACGCUUCGGCAAGAUGGCUCCUUCGUAAAUCGACAAACGAUUUUGCACGCAAACAAUAAACAGUGACCGAAGUUUCAAUAUAGUUGUAAUUUAAUAUAGUGCGUAGAAUUAAUUCAAUUGAUGCGCAAUCAAGUCAGUUUAAAUCCCGGACAUAAUUCAAUAUUUUAAUAAUAUGGUGUCGAAGGGUUCAGAUACACAAUUGUAGGAGUUUUCACGAGGAUGUCCUCGAAUUUUUUUGACAGAAUUUACAGAACUUAUUGAAUUUACUGAGUUUAUAUUGUGUUCCAAAUUAUUAGGAUUUAGAGAGUUUUAAGUUUAGAGACUCUCUUUUACGGAGCGAUCGAGCUAUCAUCGAAAAGAUGAGUGCCAGACUUUUAAAAGAUCCUGCUACUGCAUCUAGUCGUAUAUUUGUUGGCCAUUUACAAACUGACGAUGUCACAAAGUUAGAAUUGGAAGAACAUUUCUCCAAAUAUGGAACUGUUAUAGCGUCCAUAAUAAACAGAGGCUUUGGAUUUGUACAAUUUGAAGAUGAACAAUCUGCUCAGAAAGCUAUACAAAAUGAAGAUGGUGCACAGUUCAAAGGCAGACGUAUAGAUGUCAGACCAGCGAAAAAGGAUAAUCAGUCUAUUGGAAAUCCAGGAAAUUCAAAUGCAAAGCAAAUGACUGGACUGAAUAAUCAAUUUAAUGCUAUGAAUAAUCAAUUCAAUAACACGGCUGACACUUUUGGUGCAAAUAAACCAAAUUAUGUUGGGAUAAAUCAGAAUUUUGGAAAUGACAGUACUUUUGGUAAUAAUCAAAAGGACUUAAACAUUCAGAAUAGGAGCGGGAAUAGUAACUUUGAUGAUGGAAAUCAAACAGGAAAUAGCGACAAUGACCAAUAUAAUGGAAAACAUAACAAUAAUAACAAUGGAAAUGAUCCUUUUAAUAAUACCUCUCAAAAUCGUGGAAACAAUCAAUUCAAUGUAGGUAAUCUAAAUCGCGGAAACGAUCAAUUCGCUGGUCAGAGCAAUCAAAACAGAGGUGUCAACAAUCAGUUUGGAAAUAAUAAUCAGAUGGGAAAUCAGAAUAGGCCUGGAGGAAAUCAGAAUCGAAAUCAAACUAAUCCAGGCAAUAACCAAAAUCAAAAUGCUGGUUCUGGUAAUACUGGUGGUAAUACCCAUCACAGAGCACGAGGGACGAGGGGUGGAAAAAAUAGAAACAAGAAUAAUCCGAACAAUCCAAACAACGCGAAUAAUUUUAGAGAUCGAAGUCCAAUUAAUAGAGGUAAUCGAAUGGAGGACAAAGCAAAUUGGGAUCACAAACAAGGAGAUAGACGUGGCAAUAAUUUUACCAGAGAUUCAUUUAAUGAUGGUGGAAAUCGAUAUGAUGAUUUCAAGACUUCUGGGACAAGAGAUGCAAAUGCAAGUUUUGGAAAUAUCAGUGCAUCAGUAGAUUACCUCGCAACUGAGAAGAAUGACUGUGAGAUUAUAGUUGUCAAUAAAGCGUUAACGAAAUAUGCGGAAGACAUCGAAUUACGAUUGAAGCAAAUCGGUCUAAUGGUGGACCUACUGUUUCCGAAUGAAGACGUUCCCUUAAGUCGUGUUUUAGGGAACAUCGCAAGUCGUGGCUGUCUAUACGCCGUAGUAGUAACACCCAUCAAUCACGAACACCAUUCCUUGACAUUGAAUAUUUUACAUGGUUUACCACAAGAACACAGAAACAUGCCAGUAGAAGAUGCCAUAAAUUUAAUCUCGCGAGAUUUCACGAACUACAAAGCGGGCGGUCGUUCGGUUCCUCUAAAUACACCUCUGGCGAGCGAGCGUCAUCCGGAUGCUAUACAAGUUUUACUAAACAUGCUGGCAGACAAUCAUCAGCUUACGGUCCUGCAGUACGACCGGGUCAUAAAGUAUCUCGAGAUGAAACGCGAGGAGCAGGUGCAAGUUGAAUUGGGCGACGCGAAGGAUUUGCCGGUAAAGACUCCGCUCACGUCGAUCAGCGAUCCGAAACAAGCCGAGCUGCAGACGAGAAUACUGAAUAUCCUGAAUAACAGUAAAACAAACGUGCCGGCAGCGGCGGAACCAAGUCCGGUACCGCCACCAGCUACGGCACCAGCUCCAGUUCCUCCAACUAAUUGGGGAACAGCAUCAAACACAGCCACAUCUUCAUCUACGACGACCGCAUCCACGGGAGUUUCGCCAUCGCCUCUUCUAAACGAUCCGACAGUUCAGAAAGCUCUUGACAGUCUAUUGCAAGGUAAUCUAUUGAAAAAUAUUGGCGAUCAACAACCACCAACCGCGACGACGAGUGGAGCUCCAUUAUUUGCUGCUUUCUCUAAUAUUGGUAGAUUUUAAAAUCAAUAUAUAAAUUUAAUUGACAUUUGGUCUGAUAUAAUU